CACCGCACUGCGGCGGUACCUUGUCAUCUCGUUUCAACUACGUCGCAAUCUACCCGAAGCGUCUCAUCGAGUGUACCUCUCAUUUGGAUCCCGAUAGUGAUUCUACAAAACAGUUCAGUGUAUGUGAAGUUUUAGAAAAACAUCGGCAUUUGUGAUCCUAGGAAUUUUCUUUCAAAUCUGUGACUACUGCGAACGUUGAGCUUCAGAUUUCAUACAUCAGCCAACCUGGACAUUUAUAGCGUCAAGCAUCAGAUUACAAGAUGAAAAAAUAUAGUAAUUGUGAGAGUGGGUGGUGGGUGGUCUUAUUAACGGCGUCAUUGGCAUCCAUUGCAUUAGCUGAAGCAGGAGUCGGGCUUUACAAUGAUAGGCUUAAACAAGUUGUCACCUCCAGCACACUCAAAUGGACCAACAUAAAUAAAGAAUUUAAGGAUACCCACAUUGCGGGAGCUCAUUCUUCAAAAGGUCCAAUAUAUUUAUGCAGAGCACGCCAUGAAGGAGAUAUGCUUCUGGGACAACUAAGACCAGACUACAAUUCAUGUGCAGUUUCAGGGAAAAAAAGUUAUGAAAUAUUUGAGGUUCUUGAAAACAUAGAAAAUGCGUCUCUGAUUCAAUGGCGGUCAUGGAAAAAAUUUACUCCGAAGCCUCGGGGCGGCGUGGUGGUGGACUCUGCUGUAGAUUCUGUUUUUAUUGGCCGAGCACCAUCUGAAGGUGACAUUACUUAUAAUAUUGGAAGAAUAUCUUUUGAAGGUGAUAUUGGGAUGCUACUGACAUUCGAUGAAGAGAUGACAGACUUGAAUCCUAUAAUUGUUGGAGAAAUUUUAGUUGAAGUUGAACCUGUAAGCUACAAAUUAGAAAAUGUGGUGUUAGAUUUAAAAACUCAACAUAUACGCCAAUCGAAUCCAGAAAUUAUAGCAGAGCGUGUUUUGACCAAUGAUGGCGAUGUCGCAGCUACGCGUGCUACAGAAAUCGAAUAUGACUACAGUUAUAAGCUGUCUUGGGGACACGGCCAUGGUAUUGCAAUUGGAUUGAAUACUACCAUUAUAAUGGCUGAUGGUGGUCAAUCCCAGAAAAUCGAAUGGGCUAAUCCCUUCACGGAAAAUGUCACUAAAUUAUUUAAAUUAGAAAAAUGGUUAGAACCUGGAACUGCUUGUAACGUUACUUUAAGAGGGAACCGCACAGAACGUGAUGUCCAAUAUACUGGUCAAUUAACGACUUACUAUGAAAACGAUUCACGAGUGAGGCAAAUGAGAGGUGAACGAAUUGAAAAUACAUUGGAAGUAGAGGCAAUAUACGGCGAAGUUUAUUUUAUCUCGAAUAAUAGUCUUGUCCCUACGACUACGACGACUACAACCACUACUACAACAACAACUACUACAACUACGACACCACCCCCAAUACCCCCAGCAAUUGAUGAAGAAAAUGAUAUCGCCAAUCCUUUAAAGAAACCAGAACAGUUUGAUGAACAUAACAUGUUAAAUGAUGGGAAUAUGGUGAAAGCCCCUCCAGUCAAAGAAGUAAACAGCGCCGUGGUAGGAGGGUUGGGUAGUAGUAAACCAAAUGACGCCAAUAUGAGAGUAGCUUCCGUUGCUCUUAUAAUUCCACUGUUUUCGCUUAUCCUAUAAAUAAACUGUAAGUUUGUUCCUCUGUAAAUAAACUGAUCUUAAAGAUAUAAUAUAGUUGCUUGAUCGUUGAUAUCUUAUAAUCUAAGCUUCAAUGCUGUUGUUUAGAGACCGGUAGUAGUUUGUAAAAACAUGUUCACUUCUCCGGUCCCGGUUUUUUUGUAUAUAGGAUAUAUUUGUUUCUCAACAUUCCCGUUAUGUGAUUCAUUCCAAUGUAUAGAACGAGAAGCAAAACUUUAUCACAUAACUGUAAAUAAAAUGUGUAUAUAGUUACGGUAUGAAUAUAAGUCGCAGAGCGACAUGCAACCUUAUCGUUACUAUUACUUUGGAGGUUUGUAACAUCGUAGGUAGACUAUAACAAUUGAUUGAAAAGCGAUGCUGUUACCAAUGACAAUUUGAGAACUACUCAAUAUUCUUAUGAUCGCAACAUAGUAUACCUAACAAAUAGUAAAAGUUUUUCAAACAAUAAGAGAAGUUUUAAUAUCUGCCCUAUGAUGAAUGUUAAAAUGAAACUACAAUUUAUUUUUCGAGCACUAGUAUUAUUAAUAUAAUUUUAAUUUUAAAUACUUAUGUAUGAGUUACCCCCAUUUACGGUCUCAAUAAAUCCUGUACAAUUUUUAGUUGUCAGUAUAACACGAAAUGUAAAAGAAAUGCUGUUAUAGGACCUAGGGAUUAUACUAGGUAUUUUUGUUAUUUUUAGUUGUAAGUUAAAAGAGUUUAAAAUCCAGAAUUAUGAGAUAUUAUAAUUUUAAAACUUCAUGUAUUUAUACACAUCUAAUUUAUUGCUUUAUUCCUAUGUAAAACUAUUAAAGGUUUGCCUUAUUGACUCGCCACUAGCUAGCCAUACACAUACAUUUGCAUAAACAAGUAGGUAAGUACAAAGUAAGUUUGAUUUUUUUUUAAACUGGGGGAAUAGUCCCUCUAUAAGGACAAAACGAACGCCGAAAAUCCAACACAAUAAACGCACGAAUUGUUCAUGUAUCUUACAUUCUGUAAAAUAAAUUGUUAGACUCAUUUAUUGCCAAAGUUGUAGGAAUAUUUAAACUUUAAGUCUACAACUGAUCUUCUACAUUAACAAUUACCAUCCCUCCGUACAGUAUCAAUAAAUUAUCAUGAUAUAAAUCAAUUAUCUUAGAAAUGAGCGGUUAACUGUGUCGUUGUGCUUAGCGGUUUUGUCAAUGUGUAAAGAAAACGGAUAAUAUUUUUGUAUGGGUAGUUAUCGAUUGUAAGUGUUCGCCUUAUGUGUGUCAAGUAAAAUUUUUGACAUUAUAUAUAUAUCCAUAUAGAAAAUUGUGUUUUCUAAGAUGUUUCAAUAUCUUUCAGAUACUUUAGUUCAAUUAGUGUAGUUUCAUUAAAAGUUGUUUAUUUGUAACAUCAAUGUCCCACCUAGCGUACCAUUAAUCAGUUUAGUAAGUAAAAUCAUGAAAAUUAUUUUCACUUGGUCCAUCAACAAUUGUUUUGGCUUAAAAGAGUAUUGUAAAUUAAAAUCUCAUAGGCAUGGAAAUAUUUUAGGGAUUUGCUUUGUUCUCCCCUCUUAGCUAGUAAAACUUUUCAUAUUUCAUUAAGGUAUAUUCCAUUGUUGUGUCUGCGGUCUAAUGGCUGUUAAAUCAAUGCAUCUAUAUAAAACAUUCAUAUUAUUUCAAAAAGCAUAUUUGUGAUGUGGUACGUUUUAUUUGUUUAAAUACAUUAAAGUGUAAUUGAGAUCCUCA